AUGUCUACUACAGCUGAGCCAAUCGUGAGUCGCGACGAAUGGCUCGCCGCCCGCAAAGAUCUCCUCGAAAAGGAAAAGGAACUCACACGGGCCAACGACAAGCUGACGGAACAACGCCGCGCUCUCCCCAUGGUCAGGGUGGACAAGCAGUACAUUUUUCACGACGCAAAUGGGGAGCAAGUCACUCUCAGCGAUCUCUUCCAGGGCAAGCCUCAGCUCAUCGUCUACCACUUCAUGUUUGGCCCCGAGGAAGAGAUUGGCUGCCAUGGAUGCUCUCACAUAGGCGACGCACUCCCCGACGUGCGACACCUGCGCCUCAAAGACACGAACCUGGUCUGCGUUUCACGCGCACCUGCCGAAAAGCUACAAGCCUUCAAAAAGGCGAAUGGCUGGACGUGGCCGUGGUACUCGAGCCAGGGCACCGACUUCAACUACGACUUCCACGCGACUAUUGACGAAUCCGUCUGCCCGGUGGAAAUGAACUUCCGGACCAAGGAGGAGAUGGAGGCCAAGGGGAAGCGUUGGUGGACCGGUGAUGUGCCUGGCUUUAGUGUCUUUUACAAGCGGGACGGUGAGAUUUUCCACACAUAUUCUACUUGGGAGAGGGGCGGUGACAAAAUCAUGCCGACGCUGCAGCUGUUGGACAUGACGCCGCUGGGAAGGAGGCUGGACAAGUACGGACCUGCUGAGUUCCGCCUGAAGUACGAGUAUGAUGAGAGCGUGUAG